GUCGAGGGAAAGAAAGAGUUGUAGAUAUCAACAUGGCAUCUAGUUCAACGUCCGAACCCGUCAAGAAGGUGCAGUUGGAAGGCAAAGUAAUUGCCAUUACCGGUGCAAACAGAGGCAUCGGCCUCGGCAUAGCAGACUGCUGCCUCUCCAACGGCGCCAGCAAAGUCUACUCGCUCGACAUCGGCACGCCCGGCGACGACUUCAGCGCCCUGGCCUCCAAAUACCCCAACCAGCUCUUCGCACUGGAAGCCGACGUGACGAAAGAAGCGUCGAUCCAGGCAGCCGUCGACAAGGUGCUGAGCGAAGCGGGGGCGCUGCACGGCAUGGUGUGCAAUGCGGGGCGCACAAAGCAUAAGCCCGCGCUCGACUUUACAACGGAGGAAAUUGACCAGCUGUGGGGCGUGAAUUUGUAUGGGAGUUUCUAUUCUGCGCGGUGUGCGGCGCGGGCGUUUAUCAAGCAAGGGGUUAAAGGGAGUAUUGUGUUUACGGCGAGUAUGGCGUCGUAUAGACCGAACAAGCGUGUUCCCUCAGCGCCGUACGGUGCGUCAAAGGCUGGCAUUAGGAAUAUGACGCAUACGCUUGCUAUGGAGUGGGCGCAGUACAAUAUCAGAGUCAACUCUGUAUCGCCGGGCUUGGUUAAGACGGCGAUGACGUACUGGGUUGAGCAGCAGCCGGACUGGGAGCAGCAGCUCAAGUACUAUGGUGGUAUGCCGCGGCUAGCGGCGGUUGAGGAGCUCGGAGGCGCGUAUGUGUAUUUGCUCAGUGAUGCGGCGAGUUACACGACGAGUAUUGACAUUCCAGUCAAUGGCGUUAUUGGUAUCUGUUAA